CGGAAAGGGAAAACAGUGCUGUGUUCCGGUCUAGAGGUACAGUUGAAGAAGCGACUAAGGAACGAGGAGUCGUUUGUGAGGAUGACACGGCACGGCAAGAACUGCACUGCAGGAGCCGUCUACACCUACCAUGAGAAGAAGAAGGACACAGCGGCCUCAGGCUAUGGGACCCAGAACAUCCGACUGAGCCGGGAUGCUGUGAAGGACUUUGACUGCUGUUGCCUGUCGCUGCAGCCCUGCCACGAUCCUGUUGUCACCCCGGAUGGCUACCUGUACGAGCGCGAGGCGAUCCUCGAGUACAUUCUGCACCAGAAGAAGGAGAUUGCCCGGCAGUUGAAGGCCUACGAGAAGCAGCGGGGCGCCCGGCGCGAGGAGCAGAAGGAGCUGCAGCGGGCGGCGGCGCAGGACCACGUGCGCGGCUUCCUGGAGAAGGAGGCGGCCAUCGUCAGCCGGCCCCUCAACCCCUUCACGGCCAAGGCCGCCUCCGGGACCGGCCCAGACGAUGCCCAGCCAGGGCCCAGCGCGGGUCCCCCAAGCAAGGACAAGGACAAAGUGCUGCCCAGCUUCUGGAUCCCUUCACUGACUCCUGAGGCCAAGGCCACCAAGCUGGAGAAACCAUCCCGCACUGUGACCUGCCCCAUGUCCGGGAAGCCACUGCGCAUGUCAGACCUGACCCCCGUGCGCUUCACGCCGCUCGACAGCUCCGUGGACCGCGUUGGGCUCAUCACGCGCAGCGAGCGCUACGUGUGCGCCGUGACCCGAGACAGCCUGAGCAACGCCACGCCCUGUGCUGUUCUGCGGCCCUCUGGGGCCGUGGUCACCCUCGAGUGUGUGGAGAAGCUGAUUCGGAAGGACAUGGUGGACCCAGUGACUGGCGACAAGCUCACAGAUCGGGACAUCAUUGUUCUGCAGCGGGGCGGCACCGGCUUCGCGGGCUCUGGAGUGAAGCUGCAGGCCGAGAAGUCCCGGCCAGUGAUGCAGGCCUGAGUGUGCGGGGCACCAAAUAAAUGGGCUUGGGAGCGCGUG